CCCCAACUAGGAUAGCUCCGAGUGGUUCGCCUGAAGGUUACGCAUUACCAUGGAUGGCGAAGGGAAUGCCUAUCGCGUUCCUGUGUUUGCUCCAAUUUCGAAUGGACUUCCGAAGUCCACGAUAUGGCUCAAAGAAUCCGUGUGGCCCGUUGAAAAUGCAUCCACUUCCGAAUCUUACCCGAAUUCCGUCGUUGUGAAAUGUGAUUCAACUGCACCAAUUCAGUUACCAAAUUUUCCGCAACCUCAGUCGAAGCCUCGUACGUUGGAAAAAAAUCAUAUUAAUCAUCCGAUAUCAAUGGGCUCUCAAAACAUGAAAGAUCGUCAAUUCCAUGUGCAACAAGAGCGAUUGAAACAAAUGGGCAUUGGGAAAAAGGGGAGAAACUUGACGCCGGACGAAAUGAUCAAAACUAUGCUUGACUCUCCUGCUCCUCGUAAGGAAAUGCGUGAUAGUCCUCGGUUACAACAUUCGGGCUCUCUUCGUUUACCAAGAGAGGAUUUCAGCGAAUUCAUUGGUGCUGACGAAGAAAUUCCUGUUCAGAAAUGGGGAAAGAAUGAGACUGAAAGCUUUUCUUGCACAAGAAGUCAACCUUCCCGAGGUGAAUUCGAAGUCAGAUCUCCUCAGGUGAUUCAUGAUCGUGUUGACCUCUCAAGGGUACUACCGUUAGGCGUUCUGGCAGCAAUUUCCGCGAGUCAUGCACCAGUAUGGUUAACAAAUGCUGGUGCUAUGCCUCCACCAUACCGAGAACUUUUGGAAGAAGUACUCGGACCAGAUAACUAUCCCGAUCCUGUUAGAGCAUUCCAGAUUUUUGCUUCCUCUGGAGUUCCUGGCCCUGUUCUGAGCUCAUUAUGGAACAUGGUUCAUCCCAGUUCGGAUUCUACGUUUGAAACACCGGAGUUCCUAGCAGUACUCGCCUUGAUUGGCACCGUCCAGGCUGGGACACCCGUGACGUCUCUGGCUUCAAUUUGGUCUCUUCCAUCGCCUCCUAUUCCGAGUUUCCCUGCCUUAUCGAGGUCCGAUGUUGUGAAGGAACCUGAGAAACCGUCUCCCGAAUUCCAAAUCAAUCUGGGGUUUUCUCCCCCCGUUUUCGAGAGGGUCAAGUUUCCUCAGCGAAGAAUUUCCGAAGAUGAGCCAGGUUUGCCCGAAGACGAUUUCGGAGAUUUCCAGUGCGUUUCAUCGACGACAGAUUUCCAGAGUGUCACGUCAACGGUUGAGCAUGAUAAAUACGCCGCGUUUCGUGAACUUGUGACUGACGAAGAACGAAUACCGAGUUCCUACGAUACGGAGCCGAGUGAAAUUCUACAGUCUUUUAGUGAUGCCCGAGAGAUCAUUCCUCCGUUGCCAGAUGUGAAAUCACUGGAGCAACUUCCUCCCCCAACUUCAAUUCCAGUACCUAACAAUAUUGCUCCUCUUUUGAUUCCGAAUGGAACGAAAGCUGCUGUGAACGAAGAUGACUUCGGCGAUUUUGUUGCCGCUUUCGACGAAGAACUCUCACCUCACGGACCUUCGAAAACCGUGACUGAGAUGAAGCAACCGAUGGAAGCCAAGAAGCACAUUGAUAUCAAUUUAAAUCCUUCGACAUUCGUUGAACUGGUUGACAGCGUUUUUGCUACCCAUUGUCUCCAAGAGGAAACCAAAUCCGUGUCCAGCUUGGAUUUUUCUUCCGCGGACGCGUUGCAUUUUGAUGAAACUACUUCUACCAAGACCGACUGGAUGGUCGCCCCUGUGGAUGUAACUUAUCCCGACGAGGACAAAUACAGCGUUUUCCGAGAUCUUUCUGAUGCUAAUGAGGAAUCGUCUUCGAUAGCUGAGGAAAUAAUGAAAAUGUGGGAAUCCACGAUUGAUAUUUUCAAAGAAGCUAAAACGAUAUUCAAAGAGGCUGCAGACGCUGUUGCGUUGGACGAGUUUUUGAAUGAGGAGAAGGCCAAGGAGUAUCUGUUCUGUUUAUUGGAAGUAUUUCUCGUUUGUGCUCGAUCGCAUUCUGCAUUGGAAAAUUCCUCUCAUGGCUCAUCCAGUGUUCUUCCGGCGUGGACGUCAUGUGUGGCGACGUUCGAAGAUUUUUUGACGAGCGUUAAAGGUUCUGCUCAUCAUGCCUUGCGUGACGUAACGAUGCAGUCUCUCAUGAAAUUUGUUCCGAAUAACGGAGGGGGGAAGUUAUGCGGAGUAUGCUUGAUUGACGUUGAAGUCUCCCCACCUGAAACCCUGACGAUUAGUGACGGCUUCCGCCCCAGUAGCCAAGUCAUUCGCUGGGGACCGGCACAGUAUCACAUUCUAUUCGCGUCUAGUCGACAAAAGGAUACAUUUUUGGUUGAUGAGAAUCUCGUGUCAAUUUUAAAAAUGUCCGGUGACGCCUUUCCGCCGCUGUUAAAUGACCGUUUGUUGCGUGCUGCUCGCGGGGAAUCCGUUGACCAAGUCCCAGUGUGGAUUAUGCGUCAAGCCGGUCGGUAUUUGCCAGAAUUUCGGGAACUCCGAUCCAAGCAUGAUUUCUUCGAAAUCUGCCGAACCCCGGAAUUGGCGUGCGAAAUUACUCUGCAACCCGUGCGCAGGUUCCCCCUUGACGCCGCCAUUAUUUUCUCGGAUAUUUUAGUCAUCCCGCAAGCCUUAGGCAUGGAAGUGGUGAUGAAACCUGGAGAAGGUCCUGUUUUCCCGCAACCUUUGGAAAGUGUCGAGGAUCUGAGCCGGCUGAAACCUGUGUCUGGUGUGAACCUGGAAUUGGAUUAUGUGUUUAAAGCUAUCACUUUGACGAGGACGGAACUCAAUGGGAAAGUGCCUUUGAUUGGAUUUGCUGGUGCACCGUGGACGCUCAUGAGCUACAUGAUUGAGGGCAAGGGAUCGAAGACCUGUAGUAAGGCUAAGAAAUGGUUGUACAAGUUUGAAAAGGAGUCUCACGAAUUGCUAGAGAAACUUGCGGACGCAGUGGCCAUGUUUUUGGUUGCUCAGGUUGAGGCUGGUGCACAAAUGUUGCAGGUAUUUGAGUCUCAUGCCGAGCAUUUGAAUCGAGCUCUCGCGAAGAAGUACUGCAUUCCAUACUGGAAAAAGAUCAGGGAAACUCUCAAGCUUCGACUUGGUGAACGUGAUGUCCCAGUUGUGAUAUUUCCGAAAGGCGGUUCUUUUUGCUACGAAGACGUGAAGGAUUUGGGUUACCAGGUUGUGGGUAUCGACUGGACAGUAGACCCAGUUGAAGCCAGGCGAAUUCUGGGAGAAAGCGUGACUUUACAAGGCAAUUUGGAUCCCUGUGCCUUGUAUGCGGAUCAUGAGGAUUUGAAGAGAAUCGCAACUGCGAUGGUGGGAAAUUUUGGGAAAUCAAGAUAUAUUGCGAAUCUCGGGCAUGGGAUAUACCCCGAUAUGGAACCAAAAAUGGACAGCGAGUGUGCGAUCAAGUGCAGAAAGUGUAGACACGUCUUAGGCUCUGGAAUCGGCAUCGACAGCUCAUUCCUGUCGUCUCACGGGGCCGAGAUUAAAUUCGAAGACCGUCUAAAGAGUUCUUGCUCUGACGACAUUCGGGAAUCGAAUCUGUAUUUUGCGGAAGAAGCCGUGCCGGAUUGGGUCCGAGACGAAAUUGCCAAGUCUAAUUGGACGCGUGGGAAGUUGAAUUGCAAGUGCGGCGCUCGGGUCGGUUCUUUCGACUACGUCACUUUGCCGCGGUGCGAGUGUCAGGAGUCAAACACGCCCCCCGCGCACUUCAUCUUGUCCAAGGUUGACUUGACUGUGAAACCCAAGUGA